UAGCAACUCAUUGUUUCAUCGUUUCAUUAGCUGGAAAUUCCCUAUCUGCGCGGUCUCCCCCCAGCCUCCACCAUGAGGACUUCCGUUCUCCUCAGCGCGCUUGUUCUGCUCGCCGCUCUGCUUGUCGCUGCUGACCGUGUCUCUGCUAUUGAGAACAGCAGGCGAGCCCUCGGAGACGACUCCUGCCUGGAGAAAUUUAAGGAAAGCGCCAAGAAAUGCAAGAGGGAUCACGACCCUUCUGACAAGAUUGACAGGUGCAGGGCGAAGGCAUACAAGAGAUUCAAGGUGUGCAAGUACGGCGCCAAGAAGCCGCCGACGCCGCCGCCUUCGCUGGCCUGCAAGGACCUGUGCAUGAUGAUCUACAUGCAGUGCAAGGACGAGAACCGGGGCAACUGCGGCUGGAAGUACAACAACUGCCUCACGAACGACUGCUCUUAGAUGAUUUCGUGCGGCCCCACACCACACGCCGUGAUUCAUGACAUCUUGGCGAAAGAAGUUGGCGAAUUCGGUGACUAUUCAGGUUGUGACUUGGAGUCGUGAUGUUGGAAUUCGACCGGUGGUUGUGCGCCAGAGGGUUGACGUUGCUUUGAUUGUUGGGUGCUUCAAAUCCAGGGGUUGGGUAACGGGGCGAGGGAGCUUCUAGCAGGGGGUGCGUAGCGUUUCAGGUGAGGCUGGGCCAAGGUGAUGCAUUUGAUGUGUAAGUUUGAUGGGAAAUAAUUGUUUUGAUAACAAAUCUGGCACACCUAUGGAAAGCGUGUAGGUUUGGUGCUGGAAUGUCAUGGAGUUUCACUUGAAAUGCCCUCUGUUGAAGGAUAUGCCCUUAGUCAAUUA